AUGGACAAGUCGAUGCCCAUCGUCAUCAUCGGCGCCGGCGCGUUCGGGCUUUCCACCGCGUUGCACCUCCUCAACGCCCACUAUUCCAACAUUCUGGUCGUCGACAGGGCCGAAGACGUCCCGUCGCGGUUCUCCGCUGCGUCCGACAUCAACAAGAUUGUGCGCGCAGACUACGAGGACGUCUUCUACACCAAGCUGGCUCUCGAAGCAUUUGAAGGAUGGAAGACGCCCUUGUUUGGCCCUUACUACCAUCAGACCGGCUACAUCGUCGCCACCUCCGGCAGCGCACCCCCAAAAGCUGUCGAUGUCCUUGAGAAGUCCUUGUCCUCGGUGCAGUCCAGGCCCGAGUUCGACAACGAGAUAGACCUAUUACACAGCGCGGACGACUUCAGAAAGUUCGCAUGGCAGUUCUCUGGGCCCAUGAACGGCUUCAAGGGAUACCACAACAGGCUUGCCGGGUACGGCCAUUCAGGCAACACCCUAAAGGCCGUUCACCGCCAUUGCGCAGCUAGAGGGGUCCGGUUUCUCCUUGGAGAUGCCGGAAACGUCACCGACCUGCUCUACGAUGCUUCCGGGAGAUGCACCGGAGUGCGAACCGCCGACGGCGCGGCACACGCGGCGGCGAAGACGGUCUGCGCACUCGGCGCCUACGGCGCUUCGCUGAUCCCGGGGCUCGCCAAGUUCACCGUCGCCCGUUGCUGGUCCGUGGCGCAUGUGCAGCUGACCGAGGACGAGGCCGACUUCCUCCGCGGGAUCCCCGUGACGAACGUCCGCGACCUGGGCUUCUUCUUCGAGCCCGACCCGGCGACGCGACUGCUCAAGCUCUGCCCGCUCGGCGCCGGUUUCACAAACACCGUCGACGGCAGGUCGACGCCGACCAACUUCCCGUCCGCGAGAUCCCAGGACUUUAUCCCGCCCGAAGACGAACACAAGUUGCGGACUCUGCUGCGGGAAACCCUGCCGUGGCUGGCUGAUCGGCCCUUUGUCGACCGCAAGUUCUGCUGGUUCUCAGACACGCAGAACUCAGAGUACUGCAUCGACUUCGCGCCCGGGACCUCGCGGUCUCUGGUCGUCCUCUCGGGGGACUCUGGGCACGGGUUCAAGAUGAUGCCGGUGUUUGGAAAAUGGGUUAGGCAACUUCUGGAGACCGGCCGACAAGAGCUGCCGCGUUGGAAGUGGCGGACGCCGAGUGGCGAGAGCGAUGACUGGGGCAACUCAGUGAGUUGGCGAGUCGGCACCGUGAGGGAGAUGAAGGACCUGAUUGCCGAGAACGAGGCCGCUUCGAAGGCUCGACUAUGA